AUGCGGCCGCUGAGAACCGCAGGCGCCGUCGGCAGAACUGCCACGGGUGCCUGUUUUCACACGUCAACCCAGUCGCAGACACGACAGCUGCGAGUUCACACCAAGAAGAAGCCGGAGGAACCACAAAUACCCCCCUCGUGGCGGCCUUUUGAGGUACCAGAAGUGGUUUUGGAGCUCGACAGCUGGGAGAGCGGAUAUGCACGACCAUACGACAAGACGGAGUGGUCCGUCCAGCAGAGGAAAUGGGGAGAGAUGCCUCGCAUUGACGCCACGUGGAAGCGAAUCAGGAACUUUGAGUAUGACCGCCAACGUGUGAGCGACAACUUCGCCAAAGUCGCCGGCCACGACUAUUGGCGUCAACGCUGGGCCGUCACGGACCUCGAUAUUAUGACCGCUGCUCUGAGAGGAGGCCCCAACCGUCGGAGACGACCAGAGAAAAAGCGAUUCUACGGAACCGAUGUCGACGGACUCUUGAACGCGGUGGCUUGCGAGAACGCCAUUCCCAUGUCCACCUUUCAAGACGAAAAGUCUUUUUUGAGCUGGCUGCUGCACAGGAAGACCGUCACCUCGGACAUGCCCAAAAUCUCCCUGAAAGUUGCACGGGAGCUGAUAAGCAAGCAUGACAACCUCGAAGAUCUUCGGCGCUAUGUCUUGUUUCUGCUUCAGCAAAGCGACAACGGGCACUGGCACAUUCACCAAUGCAACGAGUACAUCGCGCGCGUUUUGAUGAACGUUCUCUCCAAACCACACGAGAAUAGACAACCCACUCUCUCGGAUUUCUUGCCAUUCUUCAACAGUCUUUCCGCCCUCCUCCAGCAUGACGGACAGCCUCUUGGCCCUGAACUGUGUGGCGCCUGUCUGGUCUUGUCGGCUGAGGCAUUUCGGCUGCGGGCAACGGAAAACUUCCUCGAGCAUGGCUUGAAGCAUGGCUAUUGGGACGACGGGAAGCCAUGGGUUUCAGCGGUGCAGCUUGCGCUAGCAGCAUUGAACCGGCGAUGGGACAAAGAGGCGCAAGACAAUGCCUCAUCCCAAGGUGGUAAGGUACACUACGCGCCUGGCAACCGCUCAAGCCCAGGCAGUCGCAAAGGAACUCUGGCCCGUCUCUUGGCGGUGAAUGCUAGACCUGAUGGCAAGGUGUCUUUCAAGGCCGUUGUGGAGAAGAAUCCUGGCCACGAGGGACUUCAUGAGCAGUUUUCACGGUUGGUUGCUCGAGUCGGUUCUCUGUCAAGUUAG